AUAACCCCCCCCAAAAAAGAUUAAAAAUCUUUGGAAUUCAGAGAUAUGUGGAGAAGGCUACUUACUUCACACUUCAAAACCCUAGCCACCGUCCCAUGCCGAUCCUCUUCUAAAACGCCGCCGCCGCUUCCCCGUUUCAAAUCUCACGUUUCUCCAUCCCCUUCCGCUUAUUUCCUCACUCACCGCUUCUCUUCCUGUUCAGCGCAUACUGCAGUGAAGGAAAGGGUUGAGGAUGUAAUGCCUAUCGCCACUGGUCAUGAGCGCGAGGAGCUUGAGGCUGAGCGCGAGGGAAAGAAAAUCCUUGAAGAUGUAAACAACCCAGUAGGUCCUUUUGGCACAAAGGAUGCUCCAGCUGUUGUUAAGUCCUACUACAACAAGAGAAUAGUUGGAUGCCCAGGAGGUGAAGGUGAGGAUGAGCACGAUGUUGUCUGGUUUUGGCUGGAAAAAGGCAAGCCACAUGAGUGCCCAGUUUGCUCACAGUAUUUUGUGCUGGAAAUUGUGGGUCCUGGAGGUCCUCCAGAUGGACAUGGUGAAGAUGAUCAUCAUUAGUUGCAACUUUCGAUUUCUCGAAAUAAAAUUUUGGAGAUGAUGGAAUGAUGUCCAGCUUUGGAUGCACCUUCAAAUUUUAAAACCAAGGUUUGUCUUGUUUUGUUUUCAUUGGCCCUCGGAUCUAAUGGUCAUUUGAGAUGGUAUCUCCAUUUUUUUCCUGCCAAUUUAGACACAGGGUGGUCGUGUUUUUCAACUAUGGAUCGUUUUAGGUUAACAAAUAAUCCAUGGCGGCCUUAGCAUUCUUCCAUUUGGUAUGUCGU